AUGUACCUCACAUUACUAUCUCUUGCAGCCCUGGUGGGCAUCAGCAUAGCUAAAACCCCAGGUUGCGGCCAAGACAUACCUUCCAAAUACCCCAAAGCAGGAAAAAGCGAGUCCCUCACCCUCCCAGACUCAGACCGGGAAUACAGGUUAUUCAUCCCUGCCAACUAUGACAAGGACACGCCAACAUCAGUAUACUUUUCCUUCCACGGUGCGUCGCGGGACAUGGUAGAGGAAGAAUCUCUGUCACAAUUUUCAAACCCGGAAUUCAAUCCCAACGGAAUCGCCGUCUACCCAAACAGCCAGAAUGGAUACUGGCUCUCCAGCCCUUCUGCAAAGACGUCGCGCCCCAACGAUCUAGACUUCACCAACGAUUUGCUCACGCACCUGGAAGAAACCCUCUGCGUCGACACAAGCAAAGUAUUCGCGGCCGGUAAAUCGAACGGCGGUGCUUUCGCCAGCGUCAUCGCCUGCAACGCCACAGUUGGAAGUCGGUUUGCGGCUUUUGCGGCUGUCAGCGGCGCCUGGUACGAUACCGACGACAUUAAGGGCGUGGGGCCUUGCGCCCCGGCUAAGCGGGAUUCGGGAUAUCCUUUCCUGGAGUUCCAUGGGACAGUCGAUACGACGGCACCUAUCGAUGGUGAUGGGCAUUCCAAGCUGCCUGUCAUUGAUGUCUUGCAGUCCUGGGCGGCUCAAAAUGGAUGUGCGAAAAAUUCGCAGCCGACCAGCAAUAAGACGAUCUUUGAUGACCCGGUUGUGAAGCAUGCUUCUUGGGACUGUAACGGGAUGACAGGCAUUGUCCAGCAUUAUCGCGAGAAUGACAAUGGCCAUUGCUGGCCAAGUACUGUUGGCAAUGAUGACUUCACUCGAAAUGCUGCACAGUGCCCGUUGGGCAAGUCUGAGUUCAAUGCGACUCAAUACAUAUUUGACUUCUUUGCGGAGGAUCACUCGAGCACGCCUACCACAACAAGUACUAGCACAAGUACUGGCACAGCAUCUACAAGCACAAGUACUCAUCACAACCAAAGCCCCAAGAUUUCACACCCCAUGUCCUUCUAUGCUUUGUAUCUUAUUUUCUCAGCUGUUGUUAUUAAUUCGAUGCAUAUUUAA